CAGAAACAUAGCAGAACGAGAGCUCUUUCAAGGGUAACAUGUAAAUUAUUAUUACCCAAAUCAAAAAGGUACAUCAAUGUUAUAUGCUUAACCAUCAACAUGGUUACAUGCAUAUUUAAGAAAUUACAAGUACACCACAUUUACAGCAACAAUUACAAGACAAUGCAUCAAACAACAAUUACAACCAAGGCCUAAUAAAAUUCCCUUCGAAGAGGUUAACCGCUCUUCUACAACACAGGGAGUGAAAGGCAGAACUUUGAGUGCCCGCUCCUAGAUACAGGCCAACACAAGCUCUACACCAAAUCCAACUGAGUCCACAACGUGCUGCCCAAUUGUUGUACAGUCGAGUCCAAAGCAAGUCCAAAGAGCUCCAAGGCCGGGCAUGCUCCAUUGUCCACACUACGAUCAACAUCCCCUAACUGUUGUCCUAGUGAAACUGGGACGACGAGGGCUAUGUUCUGAGUUCACGAUGUCGUCCACCCUCGUCAAGGAAGACAACAAAGUGCCAAGAUCACCAGAGAAAGCUCUGACCAUUCAAGACGGCAUAAAAAUGAUUGGCAAUCAUCCUCCAACUGACCGGGUAAGAGUAUCGCUAGGAUGUCCACAACAAUAGAACAAGAACCAGCGAGAUCCUCCAUCAUGCAUACCAAAACUACCCCAUCAUCAACAGCAUCACUCAAGCGCCGUGGACAUCAAAAACAGGCAUGGACCAGGAAUUGCCCUAAGAAACCCCUAAGCAAAGGGGACCCCAAGACUCCAAGAACAAGUGACUAAGGACCAACCGUCCUUCACAACUUCUCCUAACAGCAAUAACCAAAUUCAGUCCUCCACCGCCCAAAGUCAGUCAUCAACUACCCAAAAUCAGCAGCUCCACCACAAUUAGUACGAACCAAAUUCAGCAGCUCCACCAUAAUCAGCCCAUACACAAAACAGAUCCAAAUUCCAGGGGAAUGCUGUUUCGUUACUGCCUUACUGCCCAGGCCAAUGGCAGCAGGAAAGCCACUGUCCAGCCAGCACCCAUAAUCACAGGAAAGUCCAUAGCAAUGUUGAACAGGUAAUCCUUCCAGCAGGCGCAGUCAUACCCAAGGCAUAAACAAGGCACAAGGUUACUAGCUCCCUUCCAACAUCAACUUCCACACAAACAACAAAUGUCAAGGGUUCAAAUCAGUCCCUACCUCAUGCAAAUGAGGUAAGGUAUGACAAAGUUUAGUGUUAAGGAGGUUGAGGGAGAGGUCGAACUGUCACGAAGACUAUUAUACCAGGGAAGAUGUUCCAACAUCAAGGCACCUUAUUCAAGAGGAGGUGAGAACCAGUGGCAAACCAUGUUCCCAGCCCUCACACCCCAGUGGCAAACCAGCAGCAGAUUCCAAUCAAGGCCAAAGUACAAAUAAGCAUUUGAAGUAACCAAAAAGAAACAGGUUCAAUACAGCAAUACACAAGCUGACCAGCAUUUCACCAUUACCAUGACCAGCAUUUGAAGUUAAACAUGAUUCCUAGUUCAAGGCAAAGCGCAUGGUUCUUCAUCUGUUCAAACAACUGAAUAAGAACACACUAAUCCACCCAAAGACGUCCUCAAAAGACCCACGUCAAAACAGCCAUAGCCCUGGGGAUUCAACAUGACCAAAGCCACGGUCUCACCCAAGGAAAGGCCUAAAAUGGUUCAAGUAGACUGCACAUUCAGCUAUCCCAAAGAGCAUGACAAAACCAGCACCAUAACAGACCAGUGAAGCACAGCCGCAGGGAAAAAACGAAGAACAUGAACAGUAACUCGAGCAUCCAAAAUCAAGGUGACCAAAUUCAGUUAUAUGAAUCAAAACUCCAACAACAGAUGAUUAAUGGCCCCUGAAUCACGAUCACAAUACCAAAAAAUGGGAGACAAAAUGAGCUGGGAAUAUGGUUAAACCUGGAAAUGAAGGCAGCGCUGUGAGCAGUACCACCGAAUCCCAAAUUUGCUCAAAUCACAGGUUCCUUCAAAUGGAAUGAAGAUCCAAUUGAUGGUCAUGAAAGAGCAUCCCAUGUCGCUCAUAAUCCCCCAAAAAUUUGCCUUGAAGAGGGCCCAAACCGAGGUGAAUUCAACCUGCAAGUGCCGCCGAUGAACAGUAGCACGCGAGAGUUGACCUGCGAUUUUCCCCCAAUCCAGCAGCUGAAUCAUGAAAUUGAUCUCAAGAAAGGAUUCCCAAGCCUCAAGCGAUCCUCGGGCUCAAAGAAUCGCAGCAAAACAUCAAGAAAUUCAAGGUCAAAGCAAAGGAUUAGCAUCGCCAGUGAACAGUAACUCGAGUUGCUGCCCAGCGUGCGAGAAUCCUAGAGAGAGAAACUCCUGCUUCCAUUAAACUGUGGGUGGUGGU